CUUUUUUGCAUAUUCAGACUUCAAAGCUCAUUCCUCACUUAAGUGGGGUCAAGUCAAGGAUAUUCCAAGACAUCUCGAAAAAAAGCUCUAUUUGGUCAUCGCGUAAAUUUUGGUUCAUAUGGAUGGACUUUUCGGAAUGUGGAAGUUAAUUUUGUUUGAUACUACGGGAUUAAGGGGUGGUUGACCUGCUAGUCGAAUUAAUUCCGGUUCGAAACGCAUCAAGCCCUACCUUCGCCCUGAAUGGAUGCUUCACUAAUUCUCCAGCUGGCACACUCCCACCCACCGAAAAUAUUCGCCAAUUAAGUCAGCAAACAAUCAAGCAGCAGCGACUUCUCUAUAUACUUACAUAAUGCAUAUGUGGAUGUACGCCUAGAAUUUUUACAUCGCUUAUUUAUAUCCCGCAGUUAAAAAUACACACAGUCUAAUUAUAUGGCGUUCAGUUUGGGCGAGCAUCGCACUAAAAACGCACCGCGCUCAGAACGGUUUUCGGGAAAAGUGUGAUUUUGUCGACAAAAAUUGCUCUUCAACCAGACUCAUCAACGAUUCCAAGCAGGAAAUAAUGAAUGUACCAGUGGUGGCAGCGAGGUGCAGCCUUGCUCGUGCCAAAAUUGGUCGUGUUGCGUGGUAGGCAUCGCCGCCUCUUAGUCAAAGCUAUUUACAAAGCUAAUUCGGGUUUUAGUGCGAGUGAUUGCAUCGAUAAUGGCACAGGCACCGCAGCUGAAACGCAGCCACAAAACGGACUUUUCCUCCGGUCCUCCGGGUGUGAUAAUGAGGGAGCGCAGCUUCGUGAAGGCGAGUAGAGACUCAUUGAAGCGUCGCAGUCAAACGAUGGCCACAAUCAAAGCCGGCAAGCCCACAAUGGAGAUCUACAGGCCGCCAAACGUGCGCACCGACCUCCCAAAUAUGUCCGGGAAGUUGAAUGUGCACGCAAAAGAGUUCACCAUGAGCGAGUUGCAGGCCUCCAAGUCGAGCGGCAACAUCCAUUUGGCGAUGGGAUUCGAGCCGAUGCCGCUCCAGCACUCCAAGUCCAGCGGCAACAUUCUCAGGCACGUCAACCACGGAUUCAUCCCCAUUCUGCCAUCGGGGAUGCCCCUGCCGCUCCUCCACUCCGCCUCGGCCGCCCAACUGGUCAGCGCGAUGCCCAGGCCCAACUACCACCAGUACGCCCCUGAGCUGCUGGCCCAUCCAGUAUUCUCCGGCCAGAAUCAGCCCCAGAUGUUCCACCAAACCAGCUGGACGCCCAGCUUCAACCCAACGGCUGCUCCGCCGCCGUCAUUGAAGCGCUCCAAAAGCUUGGGGGCUUCCGACUCGCACAACCUCAUGUCCAAACUGAAAAGCAUCGUCAAAGAGGACAUCGACAUCAAGGCAUUCUCCGAAGAAGACCAAACGAACAUCAAGCUGGCAAUUGAAGACCCCAACCAGUUGCCCUCGAGGACCUUGAUGGAUCUGGUUAAGAUCAUCAUGGAAAAGGCGGUGGAAGGGAUUAAGUACAGCGAGUCCAUAGCGAAGUUGUGCGUGGCCAUCAUUGAAGCCGAGAAGAACCAGACUUUCCUAGAGUCGCUACUGAACACCUGCCAGCAAUGGUAUCAGGAGCGAGACAAGAUUCUGCGCGGGAUCAAGGCAGGCGAUGGCACCCGGUUUACGGCCUUUAUGUGGUUCCUUACGGAGCUCUACGGGCUGCUGAAGCGGCAACAGCUAAAAGAGCUGCAGGAGUCGCUCCAGCCAGCGCUGGCGCUUCUUUCCGUUCUGGCCAAGUGCUGCCAGGCGUGCGUGAGCUUGCCAAUCAAGUGCCUGUCUGAGACCGAGUGUUUGUUCUUUGUGUUGACGUCCAUCGGACGCGAUUUGGAGACGGAACUUCCUCAGCAGCUGGACCUCUUGCUGGCCAGUGUCCGGGACGGUUUUUUGGCAAGUGCAGGCUCGGCCAACGUAGGACGCACCUUACUCCAAUUAAUCGAGCUGCACGCCUCCAACUGGCAACUGCCCGGCUCUUCUGUGCUCUAUUACUAUCCUAGAAUUAAAUAAUUUGUGCUCGGUUCUUCCAGCCAGUGAACUUUAGUCGGAAUUUUAUUUAUUCAUUGUUUGCGUGGAUGGAUCUAGGACAUUGUUUAGUGCCUGAUAAUUCAAGGUUUGGGACAGGAACAGGGCUCGUUGGACUGCUUGUUGGAUAAAAAUCUACUUUCCCUGGCUAAGUUCUUUACCAAUUACCGUUAGGAGACGUUUUGUUAUGUUAUCGAAUAGUAUUAACUCAAGACAUUUGUUUCUAUAAAAGUACAUUAAGAGUGUCUUCUGUUUUAUUUGUAUAAAAACGGACCAACUUUGCCUCUGAAUCGUUGUGUGUUUAGUAACCAAUUAAGGAACUUUUGUAGUACUAAAACCCGUAUUUUUAAGAUUUAUUAAUCCUGAUUUCCUCAACACCUGUAUAAUAAAGUAAUACCUGUCGAUGUUGUGAUAUUCCAAAGAAAAACGCCGCUGACAUCAGCCUUUAAAAUACAUUUAUGGUACCAUUUGCUUUCUGUUAACAGUUUCCGUAACUUUGCUAAAUAAAGUGUUGCGCAUAAAAUUUA